AUGACGUCAGCUCGCACUCGGGCUCUCGCUCGGGCUGCCUUUGCCUUGGGGCCAGCCCAGGCAAGUGGACCCCACACUGCCCGGGCCAGCACUUGUUGCUGGAAGCUGCUUUUGGGCUCUCCCCCCCCCGAGCCCGAGUGGGCUGCUGGAAAUGCCCUUAUAAGGACCAACCAAAGUGAAGAGCUGAGAAUAGUAGUUUCAAAAUUUUGA